UCUGACUUCCGGGAAACUAUACGUGACGUUACUAUAUAUAUAAAUAUAAGUAUAUUAUUUAAGUUGUGUACAAAUAGAAUGGGCAGAGAAAUUGAUUCUGAUAAUUCAAAAAAAAGAAGAAAAUCAGUUAGUGGGUAUUCUGGGAUGUCUCUUAAGGAUGGAGAUAUAUACAAGGCUAUAAUCAGUUAUGAAGAAAAAGAAGCUACAGAAAGGUUAUCAGAAAAUGAUUCGGGAAAUUUUUUAUCCACUUGUGACAAUAUACGUAAAGCUAUGACUAAAAUAGUAAAACUAAAAAUGGGUGGAGACAUAACAGCCAAAGAUGAAAUACGUGAACUUCAAAUUCAAACAUCCUUAGCAUUUAUUGAACUUAAAAAAUUAAAUAGGAUGGAAAAAUUUAGAACAAAAUUUGCAAGAGAUUCUCUGAUGUCUUCAAAGAGCAGUGUAGAUAAUAGACAUUUACAUUUACAAAAUUUAUUGUAUGAAGUGAUGCAUUUGAAGAAAGAGGUUAUUAAAUGUCUUCAGUUUAAGUCUAAAGAUGAAUUGAUACAUCUUGUGUCAGAAGAAGAAUUUUAUAAGGAAGCACCUGAAAGUAUUUGUAGACCUGAAAUAACAAAAAAUAAUCUACAUCAACUAAGACUAGCUCGUUUGGAAUGGGAAUUGACACAAAGAAAACAACUAGCUGCCCUGUGUGAUGAAUUAACAGAGAGUAAAAAAACAGUAGCAUUGAGUAUAGAUUCUAAACAAUCUCGACUUGAUAAUCUUGCACCACAACUUCAUUCCAUAUUAGAAUCUAGUAAACCAUUGCAAGAAAGUCUUGGUCUACCAUUAGAUAAAAUUAGACAAGAACAUCAAAAAGCAACAUUACUCGCAUCACCGUUGUAUGUUCUUUAUGCGAAAGCAUCUGCCUAUAGAGAUGCAUAUGACAAUACUAUAGUAGUAAAAGUGGAAGGUGACGAAGAAGAAGCAAAACGUACAAUUAAUCAAGAUGCAUUACAGGAAUCUGAUUCAGAUCCUGAUACUUUAUCUGAAAAUAUUAUAGAAGAAACUCCUAUACAUAAAAAGAGACAUCAUAGAGUAUCUAGGGAAGCUAGGCAAGAAGAAAAGAAAUUAAGGCUGCUUCAGAGGCAUCCCUUAAAUGUGAAGAUAGUUGUAAAACUAAAAAAUGAAAUAAAAUUGACGUUGCAAUUUUUUUAUAUGACAUUUCUGAAAGUAGUUACUGUGGAAUCAAAAUUAAAAACUGAAAGUGUUGGGACAAACAGUACUGGAGAUAUGCUUGUAUCUGAAUCAAUUCUACGAGAAUUGUAUCCAGGCGAUUUAGGACUAGAAAGUCCAAAUCCUGCUAAUUACUAUCAAUUAAGUCGCUACAAUUUGGGUCAAUUUUCAUCACUUGGAUUAGGAAUUCCAUAUAAGUGGGCACAAAGAAUGGCUGGUCUACAUUUCAUUUCUUUGGACUCUCGUGAACAAAAGAUUACAAAUUACAGAACAGCUCAAGACAGUGUUGAAAGUGUCUUAAGAGAAAUUAAAAGGCGUGUGAAAGCCAGAUUGGAAUUAUGCAUGGAGAUUCGACAAUUAGAGUGUGGAAAUCUAUCUGUUUUUACUUACCAUGACAAUUUACCUCAGAAACUAAAUACAAUUCUCCAAAAAUUUACAACAAUUUCUUGGAACGCGUAUUCUGGUUCUACUAACUCUGCUCUCCAACAACAAGGAGUUGUGUCUUCAUUAGAUAUAUUCUAUGAAGCUGUUCUUCGACGUGGAAGUAAUGAGUUAAUUGCAAAAAUAGCUAUAAAACCAGAUUAUCCAAAGAUAGCACCAGUAUUUAAUAUAAAUAUAAAUCCUAUGGUACCGAUGGCUAUCGAUAUUUUGCGGGAGAUUGAAAGAGAAGUGAAUGUCAUGUGGAUAAAACCACCAACCUUAUCGGCACAAUUACAACGGUUAAGAGCAUGUUUCGAUAUUUAUUUGGAAACAGAGAAUACAGUACCAAAAGAAAAAAUAUUUUUCCAUCCUGUGAAAGGUCGGACUCGCGCUAGACCAUACAAAUACUUAGAAUUAGGCGGUGGAAUUUUCAUUCAUCGUUAAUUUGCUGUAAUACAAAGUAAAAUAAAAAUUUACAUGUGUGAAAUAUUACUUUUAACAUAAAUAUGAUCUACUAGUUACACCUACAAAAAGUAAUUUCAAUGUAAGAGUUGUUU